CGCUGAAUGGUUGUGUCACGGUAAAAUCAGUCCGGGUAGAAGUGGGUUAAAGGUCCUUUGGACUGCAGUGACAGCAGCAGCAGCUCUCCGGAGGAUCUCUCGGUGGAAAAGCAGAGAAGAGUGCGGGAAGCAAAAAUGGCCAAACAACAGCAGCCGAUCAGCCCGCUGAAGAACUUCUUCGCCGGAGGUUUCGGAGGGGUUUGCCUGGUUUUCGCCGGACAUCCACUGGACACCAUCAAGGUGCGCCUACAGACUCAACCAAAACCCAAACCUGGAGAGAGCCUUCUGUAUGCUGGAACCAUCGACUGUUUUAAAAAGACCUUGGCCAAAGAGGGUGUAAAAGGAUUGUAUAGAGGAAUGGCGGCCCCAAUAAUAGGAGUUACGCCCAUGUUUGCUGUCUGUUUCUUUGGAUUUGGACUCGGCAAGAAGCUACAGCAGAAGACACCUGAUGAUAUCCUUACGUAUCCACAGCUGUUUGCUGCUGGGAUGUUAUCAGGCAUUUUCACCACAGCUAUCAUGGCUCCUGGAGAGCGCAUCAAAUGUCUCCUACAGAUUCAGGCCUCAACUGGAGAGGUGAAGUAUGCAGGGCCGAUGGACUGCGUGAAACAGCUGUACAGAGAGGCUGGGAUCAGAGGAGUCUACAAAGGAACAGCUUUGACUCUCAUGAGAGAUGUUCCAGCGAGUGGAAUGUACUUCAUGUCUUAUGAAUGGCUGAAGAACCUCCUCACACCAGCAGGAAAAAGGCUUAAUAUAGAGAUCCCAGCUGGUUUGAAGGAGCUGCUGCAGGGCUACACGGUGGAGGUUCUCCGUCACAGGCCUGCUAACUUGUUGGAGUUUGCUGUGCAGCAUUUCACACGAAUCCUGGAUAAUCAAAGGAACGAGCAGCAAGCCAAGAAGCACAACAGCAAUCCCUCAGGGAAGGAUGUCACUUUUGAAACGGUGUCAAACAACUCAAAGGAAAACGAUGAAGAAGAGGAGGUGAAAGAGGCUCCCAAGUCCAGGAGCAGUAGGAGUCGCAGGGUCGCAGUUUGUGCAGAGGCUUAUGACCCUGACGAUGAAUCAGAUGAUAACAGUCAGCCUCAGGUUGUGAAUCCCAAAACAGACGAGCAGCGUCGACGGCUUCAGGAUGCAUGCAAAGAUAUUCUGCUGUUUAAGACUCUGGAAAAGGAACAGUUUUCUGAGGUUCUGGACGCCAUGUUUGAGGUUCAGGUCAAACCUCAAGACCACAUCAUCGACCAGGGAGACGAUGGGGAUAACUUCUACGUCAUAGACAAAGGUGUGUAUGAUAUCUUUGUGGCAAAGGAUGGAGUGAGUGUGUGUGUGGGAAAGUAUAACAACAAGGGCAGCUUUGGGGAACUAGCCCUUAUGUAUAACACGCCGCGAGCUGCCACCAUCGUAGCAACAGAGGAGGGCACUCUAUGGGGCCUGGAUCGAGCCACAUUUCACCGACUGAUUGUGAAAAACAACGCAAAGAAGAGGAGGCUGUAUGAGGCCUUCAUAGAGUGUGUGCCUCUUCUCAACUGUCUUGAGCUCUCUGAGAGGAUGAAGAUAGUUGAUGUUUUAGGAGUACGAACAUUUAAUGAUGGCGAUCGCAUUAUAGCACAGGGUGACAGAGCUGAAUGUUUCUACAUUGUGGAAACAGGGGAGGUGAAGAUACUGAUCAAAACCAAAACAAAGGUGAACCAGCAGGAUAACACAGAGGUGGAAGUGGCUCGUUGCUCCAGAGGGCAGUAUUUUGGAGAGCUGGCGUUGGUCAACAAUAAACCCCGUGCAGCCUCUGUCUACGCCGUUGGAGAGACCAAAUGUUUAGUGAUUGACAUCCAGGCGUUUGAGCGCCUUUUGGGGCCCUGCAUGGACAUCAUGAAGAGGAACAUCUCCCAGUACGAGGACCAGCUGGUGGCACUGUUUGGCUCCAGUGAUGAUUUAAAACUCUAGUAUGCUGCACUUAAACCAGCAUGUUAAUAAGAACAUGUUUCUCAUCCUUUUGAGGUGCUUUUAACACACAAACCAUUUGCCAAUUAUACUGACGUUUAGAAAGGUGUGGUGUCUGAUGCCCUCAUUCAAAAUACAAAUAUGAAUCCAAGCUUUAGAUUAUUACAAAAAUGACAAAGGCCUGACCAUCUGUCUGAACAUUACAUUAUAAUAAUCUGGAUUUUAUCUUAAUUUUAACAUUUGUUAUUUUUUCUCGAAUGUUUUUAAUAGGAAUCAUCUUGUUCAUGUAUGUUCUGAAAUAAUUUCCCUUGUUUUGUUCACAUUCAGCAAUAACAAUUUACAUUUAUUAAUGUACAUAUACUACACACACAUAUAUAUUUUUUUGUGUGGGUGUGUGUGUAAAUACUAUGAUAUUUUUAUUUAAGGUCAUUGCGGUCUUUCAACACAUCCAAGAGGUCCCUAGUCCUGUCAUGGAGUUACUUUGCCUCAACUCUUAGAUGCAUUUCUUCACAAAAACAAUGAUCUCAAAAGAAAACAUGUUAGUGGGUCACUGUAGAGUUGAAUGAACUGCUGAUGGAUGAAUUCACCUACUGGAUUCAGGUCUGCAGGUGCAGGGAGGCAUUUUAAUGCUGGGGGGCCAUAGUUCUCAAUGUACAGUGUUUCCCAACCUUUUUUGACUUGUGUUCCCCUUUAGGCCUUUUGUUUUAGUACCCCUCUCAGUCAAAAGUAUUCAUGAUUGUCCAAAAGUGAAACAUACGAUUACUGAUUAA